ACCAAUCAGAGCGUACUUCUCGACAGUAGCAGGAUCAGUUUAUGAAAAAUUGCAAUUCAAUUCAAAGAUUUACGAAAGAAUGAGAUGAUUUUUUGUAAAGACUCUUUAGAACGGUGACCGCCAUGAUCAAACACCUUGAAACAAGAGCAAUUUAAUUUCUGCAACAGCAAACAUCAGUCGGACACUUUUCAAUACUUUUAACUCCUGCCGCAAGAUGGUGUAUCUUCACGUAAACAUUAUAAAAUAAAGAAUACCGGCUAAACUUUGGUGGACUUUGGGAAUUAAAUUUGGCCAAUUGGAUCGUAAUGUGCAGCAGAUUAUUCCUUAGGCUCGUGUUAAGGGGACGUUGAGGGUCUUAAGGUUAAACAAUUAGUGAGGUGUAUAAAAGUGCACAUAUAUUGAAAGUUAUAAAAUUGAAUCGUAAUUGUCGCGUGCGAAUUUUCGUUAGAUUCGACUGAGAGUUCAUAUCUCUUUCGUUGAUUGAAAGUUCAGCGUCAGCGAUAUUACUUCUUGUCUUGAUAGUAAAUUUACUUCGUUUUUCCGUUAUCUGAGAAAUGACAGAACAUGGAUUGGACAUUGGAGAGGGUUAAUGAUCCGAGGAAUUUCGUAAUUCUCGAAAAAAAUAAACAAUCGUAUUCGUGUGGUCGAAAACCAGACAACGACAUCAUAUGUCCUAGCAUCGUAGUCUCCAGGCAACACUGCCUCUUUCUCAGGACUGACAACGGCUUGGCAGUUAUUGAUUUAGGGAGCUCUAAUGGGAUUUAUGUCAACGGACGUCUUCAGGACCCAAAGGUCGUAAUCGAGCUUCACGAUAAAGAUGAAAUUGGCAUAGGUUGUUUGGAAACGUACAGGGAGAAUGAGCCAAUGUACGUGUACAAACUUUGCAAGGGUAAUACGAGUUUAAGGAACCUUGAACAAUUUGAUGAUGUAUUGACUCAAAGACCUUUGGAACCUGAGAUUCAAUUUGUUCCUCAAUCCGAACCAACGAGCGUGGUAUCAUCUGUAGAAAAAAAUGCUAGAUGCGCACGGAAACGAAAUUUGUCGAUUGUAAAUACUGUUGAGUUGGAUUCUGGAUUCGCAGCUCCAAAAAUCCCUAAGAUUAAUGAAGACCAUCAGAUAAUACAAGACGAUAAUGCCGGUGUUUCCCAAGUCAAGGCAAGCAUUGUUCUUGCUGACAUAUCAGCAAAACAAGAAGAUGAAUCACCGGAAGUGGAAGAAAUUCAAGAAAUUUGGUCGACGAUUAAAAAAGUCAACCCGCCAAAGCCAAAAACUGACCCACCGAAUCUAAAAUUGUCUGACCCUCCAAACCCAAAAACUGACAAACGAAAACUGAGAAUCAACCUUCCAAAGCCAAAAUCCAAUAAUCCCGUUAGGCCAGUUAUUCCAGUGAUUGAAACUAAUGUCGGUAUUAUAGACAAGUCAAACCGUAUGACCCUAAAUCUCAAAAGUAAUGACGAUCAAAUGUCUUCGAAAGCAGUUGAAAUAAGCAUUGAUUGCAAGGAGGAGCUAAUAAUUGAGGAAGAGACACCAGAAACGAAAGAAAAAUCUGUCCUAUCUGAGCAGAGUGAAGUAAACGACUGCUAUGCCUUUGUGCCAAAACACUGCAACGAAACUAUAGAUAAUGUGUCUAAACCAAAGAGUACCAAACUAGAUUCGCAGCCUUCCUGUUCUGCCUGGUUCAAAGGCGAUGUUCAAGAGCUUGAUAAACACCAAGUGGUACACAGUAAAACCGGUCGAAAAAGUCGAUCGAGAAACAAGAACGAAGAUAGCUCAAAGCACAAAAAAUCCACGGAGAAAUCAGCGCCAGACGAUACUAUGGAUCUCUCUAACGCGAUAAAAAUAAGAUCCUCAAAGUCACCUCCAAAAUCGAAGGAAACAGCAGAGAAGGAGUUCAACCGGGAGCAACAAUCGUUCUAUGAUCAGACUCCAUGUGCCACUUCUUCCCCGUUCAAAUUAAGGUCUGUUAAGGAAGAGCCGAGGACCAGUUUCUCGAUUAUUGACACUGUGGAGUUGAGCGAUGACGAAUACGACGUUUUCCCAAGCUCUCAGUUGUUCGAUGGGACUGGAAGCGACGAUGCAAUAGACAUUGAAGAUGGUCCUCCAGAGAUAAAGUCGGAGUAUAUUCCAGAUGCGUAUGACAUCAAAGAGGAAAUCAUUGAGCCUGACUAUGAUGAAAUAAUAGUGCCGUCAGAUAGCGACGACGAGGACAACCCCUGGCUUCAAAGGCUGUCGGAGAGCCAGAGGAUAAAAGAAGAGCCAGAUAGUCCGCCAAUGGAUUUUUUUGACGAAAUGAAAAAUCUAAAUCUGGAUUUAUUAAAUGCAGCAAUAUUAGCCGAUACUAAGGUUCCCGAAAGCAAAGAACCAGAAUCAAAGAAACAGAGCAGCCACUCUGAGGGAUCAAUUAAAACAUUGCAGCCAAUAAGUUUCCAUGAUAUCGAGAGAGAAAUUAAUCAAGAGAACAAAGUUGAUUCGGACAGCGGCAUCUUUCACGUUUCUGACCCGUUGCCCACUUCGACCAAAGAAAAACCGAGCCCUGAGAAUGAGCUUGAUAAAUCUCUGCGGAUAAAACAGACCACUCCAAAACGUCCCGAAAUUAUCGAGCCAUUGCAUUUACCACAGCGAAGACGCUCCAGUGUCAAAGACUCUUUUACAGCAUCCAGCAAACACGACGACAUUUCACCUUCGGCCUCAAGUAGCACAGAAGGUACCAAACUGACUAAUUGCACUAGCAGGGGAUCCAAGCAGCCCCCACAUUUGACAUUUAAACAGAAACGUCAACUAGAAAUAGACGACAAGAUAAAACAGAAGCAAUACGAGGAGGAGCAAAGGCGGAGAAGGGUCAAGAAUAAAUGGGCGAAAAAUGUUCCACUGCCUCUAGGAAAAAGGAAGAGUUUACCAAUAUCUAAGAAUGAGAAGUUAGAGAUUGUCAAUCAACGAAAGGAGAAGCUAAAGGCGUUGGCUAAUAAGGAAAAAUUGAAUUCGGUAAAACCUUCGGUUGAGCGAGUUGCUCCUCAAGGCAAAGCUAAAAUCAGUGCUAAGAACAGAGGUGAAUUCUUGAUCAGUGAACAACAGCAACAAACCGCCUCAACUUCGAAAGCCUCUUCGCGACCAAGUAAGACUUUGAAGACCAAGAAGGAAUCGAAGAACAGUACAAAGGUUGCGGAGACUCCGUCAACUUCAAUAACUGCGCAAUCUCAGUCCAGCAAAUUGGCGAGUCCUAAAAAAAUUUCCAGCCAAACCGUGCCACUGGAGUCGAGUAAGGAUAAGAAGGCGUCUGUGAAUAAGGUUUUAGCACAGACACAUGAAGAACGAAUGGAAGAUAAGAGGAAAGGUGUUGAUGAAGUCACCAGUUCAAUGGCCACGGUUAUGAUUGACGAAAUGAUUGGAUCAGACAAGGAAGUAUUACUAAAUCAGAAGGAGAACUGGGUCCCAAAUUUGUUGGAUAAAAAACGGCAGAAAAAGAUUAGGAAGAAAGUUAGAUUCAACAUGGAAGCUACGACAAUUAAGGAAUAUCCGAUCGACUCUAAUAAUACUAUGAAGAAAUGUCCUGGAAAAGACGCACUUAUACCCAAAGAUAAAUUGUUGGUUCCACCUCAACAAGUCGUCAAUAAGGGACAAUAUCCUACGUUGAAGGAAUUUUUAUUCCACAUAUUAGCAUGGAAUCCUUCGUGGCUGGAGGAACAAAAACAACUGAAUUCUGAGCCGCCGGUUGUUGUCGUGACUUCAUGGCUUAAAGAACAGAAAAAUUUAAAAUCUGAACCACCGAUCGUUGACGACAAUGGGUUGAUACCGUUGCUGACAAAUUAUAACAAUUACAAUGAAUACUAUCACAUUAUGGUGCCGCUUCUACUCCUCGAACUGUGGCACGGAAUCACUAAGGAAUUCGAAAGUAUCGACCAAAAGAAGAGACGUCAAACACUGUUUUGUUCAAUCGUCGACAAUUCGAUAACAUGGGAAAAAAUUCCAUCAGUUAAUGUGACAUUAACCACAAUGAUGCUAGAGAUGUUGGCUAACGAAAAUGAAAUAAAAAACCAAAUACAUCCUGUUUACGGCGAUCUUGUGUUUUUGGAAUUAUGCUAUCGUGAUGACGAUGGUAAACUUCAUUUCUCAAAGGUUUUCGCCUACAUAACGCACAUGCACAAAUCCUUAAUUACGCCACAUACGUUUUUUAAUCGUGAGCUCGGCAAUUAUGUGAAACAAUCAACACACGUUCUUACUUACACGGUACUCACUAGACCGUUAAAAAUGAACCUCUGUAAAAGACCGUUACGAUUAAGGUGCGUAACUUAUCUGCGAUCUAGAAUGAGAAUGGUUCAAGCUCUGCAGUCAUUACCCAGUUCGCCUCUUCUUUCCUCAAUACUCAAUCCAAAGACUGAAUCCCGAACGAAUUUGGCUCAGCCCCAAAAACCACUCCAAAACUCUCUGAUCACCAAGGACAAGCUGAAUUCCAAGCAGGCAGAAGCAGUGUUCAAAACGACAGAAUCAAUCGCUCGUAAAGAGCCCAAAAUCUGUUUGAUUCAAGGACCUCCAGGAACGGGCAAAUCGCAUGUUAUCGUUAACAUGGUGAUGCAGGUGCUGUACGGUGAUAAUAGGUUCAGAAGAAAAGAUGCAAGCUUGAGAAUUCUGCUCUGCGCUCCGUCAAAUGCUGCCAUCGAUGAAAUAGUACUUCGCCUUUUAAAACGCCGGGCACAGCUACCUAAAGAUGAACGAUUCAAGAUGGUUCGCGUCGGAAUGACCAACGCCAUGCAUCCAAGAGUCAAAGAAAUAUCUGUUGAAGAGUUGGCCAAACGAGAUGUGAAGAGGACAAACGACAGUUAUAAAUUUUGGGGUCAGUCAAUGGAUAGCCUUGAAGAAGAGGAAAGGUUUAUAGAGGCUAAAAUCAACGCCUUACAGUCAGAGUUGUCCAGUAUGCAAAAGGUCAAUGAAAGUCAAGCCCACUACAACAAGUUAAAACUUGCAAAUUUGAAAGCAAGAUAUGAUGUUAUAAAGAAUUGUGGUCAAAACGAAGGUAAUACGGACCCUCAAUAUGUAUUGAAACAAGAACGAGAAGCUCAAAACAACAUUUUAGUUCGUGCAAACAUAAUUGCCUGUACGUUGUCAUCCUGUUACACUAACAUAAUGGAAUCUGCAUUUGGUGACAAACAAUUGAAUACAUGCAAAAUUGCUGCUGGUGGUAAAAAAAACAAUAUAUCAGUAUGUAUCGUGGACGAAGCAACGCAGAGCUGUGAAGCAGAAACGUUGAUUCCGCUAAUGCUAGGAGUGAAUACUUUAGUCUUGGUUGGAGACCCGGCUCAACUUCCUGCAACGAUAAUUUCUCAGAGAGCGAAAAGGCUUGGCCUCGAUCAGUCUUUAUUUUCGCGAAUUCAAAGAGCUCAAGAGAAUCUGCAAAACAACUCGGUUAUCAUGCUAGAUACCCAGUACAGAAUGGUUAGCCAGAUAUCGCAUUGGCCCAAUCAGUUUUUCUACGGUGGAAUGCUGAAGAAUGCUGAGGUGAACGAUACCCGAGCCGUACUUCCAUUUCAUCCAUAUAGAGUACUAAACAUGGACACUACGCAAAGUCACGAUAGGUUUUCGAACACCGAUGAGGCGGAAUUUGUCGCCAAUCUCAUACACGGUAUGAUCAACCACAUCGAUCAGAGAAAAGUACCGAAACAUGUAUCCAUAGGUGUAAUAACCCCCUACAAAAACCAGCAAAAUUUAGUGGAAGCUAAGAUAAACGAGAGGAUCACAAACACCAUGGGGAACCUUAGGGGUAAAAUAAGCAUCGAGAUAAAUACGGUUGAUAGUUUCCAAGGACACGAACGCGACAUUAUCGUGAUGUCCUGCGUUAGGACAAACGGAAUCGGAUUUCUGUCGGAUCCUCAGCGACUCUGCGUCGCUUUGACAAGAGCAAAACACUGUCUCAUAUUAUGCGGAAAUUUCGCAACAUUCAGGAGAGACAGAAUGUGGAAUGCUUUGUUGGAAGAUGCUCAGUCCCGAAGAAAUUACAUAAGACUCGAAGCUACCGCGCGUCCAAACGAAAUAGUAGCGUAUCUAGUCAGAUGACGUAAAAAAUUGCGCCAUGUCAAAAAACGUUAAAUUUAGUAAUAAUUCAUAAUUAUAAGUCGAGUAAUGAAAUGUUUGAAAUAACAACGGACUGCAGUGACCCUGUAGACAAAAAAAAAAAAAGUUGACAAGUUACGUCUAUCUAUGUUAAA